UCCUCUUAUUUUUCACCCUACUUCUUCUUCUUCAUCCUCUUCUUCUUCUUCUUCUUCAUCCUCUUCUUCUUCUUCUUCAUCCUCAUCUUCUUCAUCCUCAUCCUUAUCUUCUUCAUCCUCAUCCUUAUCUUCUUCAUCCUCAUCCUUAUCUUCUUCAUCCUCAUCCUCUUCUUCUUCUUCAUCCUCAUCUUCUUCUUCAUCCUCAUCCUCACCCUCUUCUUCUUCAUCCUCAUCCUCAUCUUCUUCUUCAUCCUCAUCCUCCUCUUCUUCAUCAUCCUCAUCCUCCUCUUCUUCUUCAUCCUCAUCCUCCUCUUCUUCUUCAUCCUCAUCCUCCUCUUCUUCUUCAUCCUCAUCCUCCUCCUCUUCUUCAUCCUUAUCCUCCUCCUCUUCUUCAUCCUCCUCCUCUUCUUCAUCCUCCUCCUCUUCUUCAUCCUCAUCCUCUUCUUCUUCUUCUUCUUCUUCUUCCUUCUUUUUUCCUUCUUUUUGUCUUCCUCUUGCAGGUCACUGCUCAUGCGCAGAUUUUUUAUCGUGGGCUAUUUGGUCGGCCGUUUUUCGGUAUUUUGUCAGAUUUUUUUUUUCGGUAAAGUUGGAAAAAAAAUCGGCCGAUUUUGCCGAUCGGCUGAUUUUCGCGGCAAUGAUGGGCAAAUCGGCCGAUUUUUUACC